AUGGCGGGCAUUUCCGGCGACGUCGUUGUUCCUGAGUCUGCAAGAAAGUUGGCGGGCAAGGUGGCGCUGAUCACCGGCGGCGCGAGCGGCAUCGGGGAGUGCACGGCGCGGCUGUUCGCGAAGCACGGGGCGCGCGUGGUGGUCGCCGACAUCCAGGACGAGGCCGGGGCGCGGCUGUGCGGCGAGCUCGGGGAGGGGAACGCCAGCUACGUGCAGUGCGACGUGACCGUCGAGGAGGAGGUGGCGGCGGCGGUGGACCACGCGGUGGCGAGGUUCGGGGCCCUGGACGUCAUGUUCAACAACGCCGGGAUCGGCGGCGAGGCGUGCCACAGCAUCCUGGAGAGCAGCAAGGCGGACUUCGAGCGCGUGCUGUCCGUGAACCUGGUCGGCCCGUUCCUGGGCACGAAGCACGCGGCGCGGGUGAUGGUGCCCGCGGGGCGCGGCGGGUGCAUCAUCGGGACGGCGAGCAUGGCGGCGGCGGUGGCAGGCGCGGCGUCGCACGCCUACACGUGCGCCAAGCGCGGCCUGGUGGGGCUGACGGUGAACGCCGCGGGGGAGCUGGGCCGGCACGGGAUCCGCGUCAACUGCGUCUCCCCGGCCGCGGCCGCCACGCCGCUGGCCACGCGGUACGUGGGCCUGGAGGGGGAGGCGUUCGAGGCCGCCAUGGAGGCCGUGGCCACCCUCAAGGGGGUCCGCCUCCGCGUCGAGGACAUCGCCGCCGCCGUGCUUUUCCUCGCCAGCGACGACGCCCGCUACGUCAGCGGCCACAACCUCCUCAUCGACGGCGGCUUCUCCGUCUUCAACCCGACCCUCGGCAUCUUCAAUGACUCAUGAGACACGCGGAUCGCUCCAUGCGGCGCACGAACGUCGAUCGACGCGUUGAUGUGCGUGAUCGAUCGGUUCGAUCGCGCGCUCUCCCCGGUGCGCGUUUGGCUUGUGUUUGGUUUCACGCUUUCGGCAUCAAACAAUUUGUCUUUUUCUUAAUUACUC